CAGCAGAUUAGGGGUUGUCUCUCAGAGGAAACAUGUCUGACAGGCCUGUGUGUGUUCGUGACUUCGAGCACCAUGCUAAGAGGCUCUUACCUAAAGCAGUGUUUGACUAUUAUUUCUCAGGAGCAGACGAGCAGGAGUCUCUAGCUGAUAAUGUAGCUGCAUUUUCCAGGUGGCGCUUGUUCCCUCGUGUGCUUAGAGAUGUGUCCAGGCUGGACAUGUCCACCACAGUGCUGGGCCAGAAGCUCAGCAUGCCUGUGUGUGUGGCAGCUACUGCCAUGCAGAGGAUGGCUCACCCAGAUGGAGAAACAGCGACAGCAAGAGCUUGCUUGUCUGCUGGUACAGGUAUGAUGCUGAGCUCCUGGGCCACUUCCACUAUAGAGGAGGUAGCUGAGGCGGCACCGGGCGGCCUGCGCUGGAUGCAGCUCUACAUUUACAAAGACCGUGCUCUGACUCACUCUCUGGUCAGGAGGGCUGAGGAGGCUGGGUAUAAGGGUAUCUUUGUCACUGUGGACACACCUUAUCUUGGCAAGCGGCGCGAUGACGUGCGCAACCGCUUUAAGCUGCCCUCUCAUUUGAGGAUGACCAAUUUCGAAUCCCCUGAUUUAGCGUUCUCCUCAAAGGAGGGCUACGGGGAGGACAGCGGGCUGGCGGUGUAUGUGGCUCAGGCCAUAGAUCCCUCGCUGAAGUGGGAGGACGUCGCCUGGCUGAAGCGGAUCACCUCCCUGCCCGUGGUGGUCAAAGGGGUUUUGAGAGCUGAAGAUGCCAAAGAAGCUCUGAAAUACGGUGUCGAUGGGAUACUUGUGUCAAACCAUGGAGCAAGACAGCUUGACUGCGUUCCAGCCACCAUUGAUGCCCUGCCUGAGAUUGUGGAGGCUGUGGAGGGUCGGGUGGAGGUGUAUCUGGAUGGAGGGGUACGGAGGGGUACAGAUGUGCUGAAGGCUCUGGCACUGGGGGCAAAAGCUGUGUUUGUGGGGAGACCCGUCCUGUGGGGCCUGGCCUAUGAGGGUGAGAAAGGAGUCAGUGAAGUGCUUCAGAUGCUACGUGAGGAGCUUCAGCUUGCAUUAGCACUGGCAGGAUGCCGUUCACUGAAGGAAGUUGACAGAAGCCUUGUGAGAAGAUCUGGACACUUCUCAAGGAUAUGAUGGUCUGGAUCCUGUGUUUUGGUAAAAACACCACCCAGUUUAAAUGGAUGCCAAAAUGUCAUUAAAAUAAACUUGUUUAUUUGGUUGUAGAAAAAAAUUGUGUCUGGUUACACUGAAUUCUGGACAGUAUCCAAUCCCUUCUCAGAACUGAUUGCUGUGUACACUGUCUGUGAUUGGUAUCAGUAUGUUCAUUGAUUUACUGUUUACACAUUGUUCAAUAUUUCAUCAUAUGAUCCAAAACAUUACAUCAUAAUAAAAUGUUUAAAUAUU